AGCUGGGCGCUCUCCAUCCGAGGCAACUAUGACUUUGGCAAACCACACAUCCAACCCCGAGCGGCGGUCUCCCGGGCGGGGGCUGCGCGGCUGUGGCUCUGCUGGCUUUUGAUGGUUGGAGGGCUCGGUCCUCUUCACUCCUGCGCUCCCCCCCUCCCCUCCUCUGGAAGACUGUCCUAGGACCUCCCUGCUCCUUGUCCCGUGGAGGGAGGGGAGGGGGGGGAACCGAGGCUCAUCUGCUAUGCGCGGCAGCCCGCGCCGGGGCCGGCGGCAGCAGCAGCAGCAGCAGCGCCGGGGCGGAUGCGGCGAGCCCAUAGAGGGGCAUGCUUCCACGCACCAAGUACAACCGCUUCAGGAAUGACUCGGUGACAUCGGUCGAUGACCUUCUCCACAGCUUGUCGGUAAGCGGUGGUGGCCGUGGCAGCAAGGUCUCCGCCGAGCGCACCACCCGGGCGGCGACCCCCUACCUGGUGUCCGGCGAGGGGCUGCGAAAGGCGUCCGAAGAUGGGCCCGGCAGCCUGGGCCACCUGCUUCACAAGGUGUCCCACCUGAAACUCUCCAGCUCGGGCCUCCGCGGCCUGUCGUCGGCCGGCCGGGAGCGGGCGGGAGCGCGGCUCUCGGGGAGCUGCAGCGCGCCCAGCCUGGCCGCCCGGGACAGCAGCGCGCCCCCGGCCCCCCGCGCCCCGGCUGUCAGCAUGAGCACCGGCAGGAAGGGCCGGCCGGGCGACGAGCCACUGCCCAGGCCCCCUCGGGGGGUGCCACACUCCAGCGACCAGGUGCUGGGGCCCGGAGUCACCUAUGUCGUCAAGUACUUGGGGUGCAUUGAAGUUCUGCGCUCAAUGAGGUCUCUUGACUUCAGUACAAGAACACAAAUUACCAGGGAAGCCAUCAGCCGUGUCUGCGAAGCAGUGCCUGGUGCCAAAGGAGCACUCAAGAAAAGGAAGCCUCCAAGCAAAAUGCUAUCCAGCAUCCUGGGAAAGAGCAAUCUCCAGUUUGCAGGAAUGAGCAUCUCCCUGACCAUCUCCACCGCCAGCCUGAACCUGAGGACACCUGACUCCAAACAGAUCAUAGCUAACCAUCACAUGCAGUCCAUUUCCUUCGCCUCAGGAGGAGACCCGGACACAACAGACUAUGUUGCCUAUGUAGCCAAGGACCCUGUGAAUCGCAGAGCUUGCCAUAUUCUGGAAUGCUGUGAUGGGCUGGCUCAAGAUGUCAUCGGCUCCAUCGGACAAGCCUUUGAGCUCCGCUUUAAGCAAUACCUGCAGUGUCCUUCCAAGAUUCCGGCUCUCCAGGACCGGAUGCAGAGUCUGGAUGAGCCAUGGACAGAAGAGGAGGGAGAGGGUCCAGACCACCCAUACUACAAUAGUAUUCCCAGCAAGAUGCCUCCUCCAGGAGGGUUUCUUGAUGCUCGACUGAAAACCAGACCCCAGACCCCUGACACAGCCCAGUUUGCAGGAAAAGAGCAAACUUAUUACCAGGGAAGACACUUAGGAGAUACGUUUGGUGAAGACUGGCAGCCAACACCCAUCAGGCAAGGGUCCUUGGACAUUUACAGCAUGCCAGAAGGGAAAGUCAAUGUGGCCCCCAUGGGAGAAGCACCCACCUACAUCAACACCCAGCACAUCCCAGCACAGGCCCUGCCAGCCGCAGCCAGCAGUGCGGAGAGCAGCCCACGGAAGGAUCUCUUUGACAUGAAACCUUUUGAAGACGCUCUCAAGAACCAGUCCCUGGGACCAGUGUUGAGCAAGGCAGCCUCUGUGGAGUGCAUCAGCCCUGUCUCACCCAGAGCUCCAGAUGCCAAGAUGCUGGAGGAGUUGGAUGCUGAGCCUUGGUACCAGGGAGAGAUGAGCAGGAAGGAGGCCGAGGGGCUGCUGGAGAAAGAUGGAGACUUCCUAGUCAGGAAGAGCACUACCAAUCCUGGCUCCUUUGUCCUCACUGGCAUGCACAAUGGCCAGGCCAAGCACCUGCUACUGGUAGACCCCGAAGGCACGAUCCGGACAAAGGACAGGGUCUUUGACAGCAUCAGCCACCUCAUCCACCACCACCUGGAGAGCAGCCUGCCCAUCGUCUCUGCUGGGAGUGAGCUCUGCCUCCAGCAGCCAGUGGAGAGGAAACAGUGAGCCUGUCUGCCCUCUCCCGAUGCUGAACGCCAGGUCAGGAGGACCUGGGGUCUGUUGGUCUUGGGCUGUGGGAACUGAGGCAGUGGCCUGUGGUCUCAGCAUUUUCUUCAAAAUCCCCCAAAGGAAGGUUUCCUUCAUAAACUUGUAACAGAUUUCUCAUAUGCAUAUUAAAAGUGUACAUAUCUAUACAUCCUGUACAAAUUAUCCCUCUAUAUUUAUAUUUUUUAAGAUUAAGAAAGAUGUAAGACUCAUGUUCUGUGGUGUAUGUUUUUAAUGAA